AUGGGUUCGAAUAUGAGUCUUCAGAUAAUUUUAUCCUUGCGUGAAAGCGAUGACGAAUGGCUAGAAAGUUUGGAAAAACAAAUGAAGGCAUCGGGUGGCAUUAGGGCAAUAAAAUUGAUGACAUUUCUUUCUCCAACUUAUCGUAAUAUUUUGAUUAAAACUGGUCGACCGGCAUCCUUAAUCAUGUUCGGUAUGGAAAAUAUCAGUUCAAUAAGCCACAGGCCUUACAAUAAAGACAUGCUAAAACUCAAGUAUCGUGCCCAUAAUGCUCAUGUAUUGCAGAACGCACCUCCGGACAAGCUUCUUGUAUAUAAAGUCACAGAAGGAUGGGAUCCCCUUUGCAAAUUUCUUGGAGUUCCUAUUCCUGAUGAAACAUUUCCUCACAAGAAUAAAGCAGGGAUUAUUAUUCGUGAGAUGUUGGCAACGCAUCCAAUUCUUAUAAAAAUGAAGAGAGAAAUGUUGAUAUCAUCUGCAAUCCUGGCAACUUCACUUAGCAUUGGCGGAUUUUUUGUUUACAAACGUGGCUUCAGAAAUAUAAUUAGACCUAUCAUCAAUUUUGUUCAAAAUAUAUUUCCAAAUAAUUACUUUUGAGAUCAAUACAAAUGGAACGCAAUUAUCGUCCUCAAAUAUAUUUUAUGCUCUGUUUUGAAAAUGAGAUUUUUCAUGUUAUUUUGCAACAAGGUACUUAUGCACUAAAA